UAAAUAGAGAGAAAAACAAUGGUGUGACCAUUUCAAAGCGAGGUUCUCGCCAAAAAUGGAUACCCAAUCUGAAAUCUCUCCUCUGUGAGAGAGAGAGAGAGAGAAAGCAGCGAAGACGAUGGCGAUACUAGAGAGCAUUGUCGUUUUCGCCAUUCUCCUUAUGUUGAUACUGAUCCUUUUUCUCAUCUUGAUCGCCUGUAAACCAUGGCGCUUCUUUGUCUCUUCUUCUCGCUCUCACUCCCUCGUUAAGGCUGAUGAACUAGAGAGGCCCUUCGUAUCAAAUGAAGAGGCUGUGGUACUUGAUCAAAGCAAUGAUUUUGGAAGAACUCAUGAUCUAGAGGGAUCUUACUAUCAAAAUGAAGGGUUUUUGCGCUCACCUCGAACACAUGGACUUGUUCAUAAACAGAGGCUUCCCUCUGCAUCUCCCAUUGUAAACCAAGGUGACAGCGUGGUUCUUCUAGAUGUAAUUUCUGAUACUCCAGAGGAUCUUUUGCUUGGCCAAACGCUUAAAAGGCCAAUUGCCACAGAUCACUUCACAGAAUUGCAAAAACAGACUCAGGAAGGUUUCAGUCCUAAUCUGAAUUUAGUUUUAGAUGAUGUUAAGGUUCAAGAGUAUGUGCCCAAGGCUAUCACAGCUCAAAGAAGCUGCCUUUCCUUGGAGGUUAUAUCCGGUCCUGCUUGUGGAGUUCGUUGUACUGUACAUUCAUCAAGUUCUUCUAGGCUGCCACUGACUCUUGGAAGAGUUUCUCCUAGUGAUUUAUUACUGAAAGAUUCUGAGGUGUCUGGGAAGCAUGCAUUGAUAAACUGGAAUUCAAAUAAAUUGAAAUGGGAGCUGGUGGACAUGGGUAGUCUAAAUGGAACUCAAUUAAAUUCACAGUCAAUUAACCAUCCUGAUUCAGGGAGUAGACAUUGGAGUGAUCCAGUUGAGAUUGCUAAUGGAGACAUAAUUACUCUUGGCACAACUUCAAAUGUAUAUGUUCAAAUUACAUCUGAAACUGACACUCAGAUUCCUUUUGGAGUUGGUGUGGCAUCAGAUGCCAUGGCUUUGCGUCGGGGAGCAAAGAAACUUCCAAUGGAAGAUGUGUGCUAUUAUCACUGGCCUCUUCCUGGGGUUGAUCAGUUUGGGUUAUUUGGUAUUUGUGAUGGACAUGGUGGUGCAGCAGCUGCUAAAUCUGCUAGCGAAAUUCUUCCUAAAACAAUGGCUGAUAUAUUAUCGGAUUCACAUAAAAGAGGGAGGGUUUUGGCUCAAUGUGAUGCUUCAGAUGUUCUUAGGGAUGCAUUUUCUCAAACAGAAGCAUCCAUGAAUCAUUAUUAUGAGGGUUGUACUGCAACAUUACUUUUGGUUUGGACUGAUGGAGAUGAAAAUUUCUUUGUGCAAUGUGCAAAUGUUGGGGACUCUGCUUGCGUAAUGAAUGUUGAUGGGAAGCAGAUUAAGAUGACAGAAGACCACCGUAUCACUAGUAGUUCUGAAAGGCUCCGAAUCAACGAAACCGGAGAACCAUUGAAAGAUGGGGAAACGAGAUUGUGUGGCUUAAACCUUGCUCGAAUGCUUGGGGACAAAUUUCUGAAACAGCAGGAGACCCGCUUCAGUUCAGAGCCUUAUAUAAGUCAAGUUGUGCGUAUUGAUCAAGCAAGCAACAACUUUGCUAUUUUGGCUAGUGAUGGAUUUUGGGAUGUCAUCAGCUGUAAGAAGGCAAUUCAGCUAGUGCUUCAGAUGAGGGAGAGAUACACUGCUGACAAGGCAAAUUCAGCCGAGAAGAUUGCAAAUGUUUUGUUGAGCGAGGCGAGAACUCUGCGAACAAAGGAUAACACCUCUAUUAUAUUCUUGGAUUUUGACAGCACAUUUAGAAAGUCUUGUAAAGUUGGUUAAUAAUAUAAAUCAUAUAAGGUAUUUUCUACUGUGCAAUCAUAUGAUUAUUUUCCCUAGAAGUGUUCUCUUCCUUUCUGUGUUUUUCUUUCUUGGUUCAAGCUUUGCCAUCAUCAUACGCUUCAGUUAGCACCUUCAGGUUAGGUAGGAUUUGGUGAAGUCUGGAAACUUUAGAAACUAUAGCUUUAUAUGUUUUGUGGCAACUGACAAUUUGUACCUAUCAGAAAUCAGCUGAUAUGUUUUAUCAAGUAUUUGAUGAAA